AUGGCCGCCGAACGCACAAAUGUCUCUAACGAUCUGAUCUGGAUGCUCACCCGCAACCAGAAUGCUUAUCUGGUCCGCCGUAACGCCGGUGGUGGCUCCCAGUUCUCCCGGGACCCUCUCAAUCUGGUGAACAAGCACUCCUUCAAGUAUGCCGGAUACGCCAACACUAAGGCCAUCGGCGUUCAGGCUACCGAGAAUGGUGAUGUCGCUGUGACCACCAAGAAGCCCAGCAACCCCCAGCAGCCCGGCAAGAACCUGGUCACCGUCACCUACGGCCCCAAGACCUCUACACGCAAGAUCUACAAGGGUGUUGCCGACAAGACUGCCCAGAACGGCUACCGUGCUGAUCUCCGCGAGGAGGCUGUUGCCCGUGUGAGCGCCAUCCGCCGCUCCCAGCAGCCCAAGAAGGAUGCUCCCGCCCCCAAGGUCCGUGGUGUCAAGGCCCGCCAGGUCGCCGAGAAGGACGAGUAA